CUGCAGAUCGGCACUCCCGCGGGGUUACUUGUCAAAGCCUUCCUGCAGUCCGCAAUGUCGAAGAGGCACGAAGACACCAAAGUCCAUCUUCUCAUAGAGCUAGUAAGCCUCGCAAAUGUGACUCUGAACGAACCAGUCGGGGUUCAAAGGAGCUCAAAGUUAUGCGGCGGGUGAGGCGCCGCUGUCGAUCAACUCUGCCACGCCACGUCCUUCGGAUGGCUCAGAAGCACCCCUGUCGCUCUGGCCCGACGGGCCAGAAUAGGCGCCUAAAGCCACAAGGCUGUCGCUGUUGCUUUUAUAUCAAGCUGCGCCUGCUUUUGCUCCUUCCUCCAGCAGGGCAUAAUAUAAUGGCCUCGAUUCAGUCGGUCUUGCAAGCAGCAGCACUUCUUUCUGAUAUAUCAGACGUGCAUUUAUGCGAUCUUCUGCCUCAUCGUCAUGAGUUACAGGUCGCGUUGAGUAACCUCCAGAGACUUUUGAAGGAUGGUAGCACGAGCAGCCACAAUGGUAUUGGUACAUCUGAUCAUGACAUCUCCAUAGCUGCCGCUGAGAGCAAUGGAUCGGAGUCUGUAAGCACCCAUUGACCAGAGCGGAUUCCUUUUCUUUCAUCUGGCUUGGCGUCUACAUGCACUUCGUUUUGACUCGUGGAUACAGAGUACCAGUACUCUUGACCAUAGGAACCCCACAGUCAGACCGGAUGCAUCUACCGGGACCGAAUUUCCUCAAGCGUCUGCUGG